AUGGGGGAUCUGCUUGAAGUUGCCUCCUCUUUCUCGAUUUUCCACCCCAGAGAUCUGCACUGCACAGCGAAGUGGAAGGGGACGAGGGUCGUCCUUGUGGCAUACACGCCAUUUCUUGGCGAGGCACUGACAGAGGAUCACCGUCGGCGCUUGGCUGCUGUGGGGUUUACGCUUCCGGGAUUUGUUGGGACUGACAAUGCACCGCCACGAAACUUGGGCGCGAACGAUAAUGCUGUGGGUACCGCUGAAUGGUGGCGGUCUUUGCCGGGCGAAGAAGCUGAUCACCUUGAGGUUCAAGGAGGCGACGUGGGGGGUGACACUUGUGACGACCCUACGUCUGAUGAGGACGAAGAUGGUGUGAGAAAGCCACUCUAUGGGCAUGGCUGUCUGGGUCAGGGGCCUCCGCUGCGGACUCGACUUUCAGGCCGAGUGCGUUGGUUCUCAGAUGGACACGGACUGGCUUCACCAGGGCGCUGGCCUCCCCCGAAGAGGCCCACUCCUGCGUCACAUGGCUGUCUUUCGCUUCACAAAGAAAUCAUGGACGGUCUCCUGGCUUUACUGUCGCGUUCACUGGGCAUCAAGAAGGUCGUCUGUGCCUUGGCCACGGGGAGGAUGACAUCUUCCCCCUUUGCAUCGGGACUGAUCGAUUCUGGGAGGACGCUGGUUUUUGAUAAGCUUCGGCAGGCAGGGGUCACCGCACAGAUCUCUGAAGUUCCGGACCGUCAGCCAUUUUUCCUUUGUGCCAUUGGUGAACUGCUGCGACUCGCUGGCGACCCAGACUGGAGGCGGUAUACCGAGGCGACGUGGUCCUUUGCUGCGGGGGUCCCUCUUGGGGUCGGAGUCCGACUUCCCCGGACUCCGGCUCUGUUUGAACGCAAGCAUAAACAUCGUGCUUUUCCGGGGGUCGAUGAGCCGCUGCCCGACUUGCCGAGGGAGAAUUACCCCUCUGCACAGGAGCAUGCUGAACGGGUUGAUUUUCAGUUUCAGAAGGAGAUCUCUUGUGGUGCAAUGGUCGAGAUGGACUUGGCCGAGGCGCAGGAAGAAUUCGGCGAGGCCCUGAGUAUUGCUUCGCUUGGUGCGCUUCUCAAGCCGGAUGAUUCUGUUCGAGUCUUGCACGACGGAACGCAUGGUGUGCACUUAAACGACUCGAUCAAAGUACGGGACGCACAAUCGUAUCCUACUGGGGGCGAUCUCUCGGUGGCACUUGAAGAACUGCCGGCCGCAUACUUUUCUCUUUCGGGAGAUAUCUCUCGUGCACAUCGUUUAGUAAAGGUGAGGCGGGCCGAUUGGGCCAGACAGGCCUGUCGGGCAUCACGUCAUGACAAAGUGUACCUCAACGCUGUUGGAACCUUUGGCGUCUCAUCUGCGAGCUACUGGUGGUAUCGCUUGUUUUCUGGGUUGGGACGUUUGCUGUACUACUGCCAUGGGGUGGAUGAGACGACGCUCCUAUCUUACGUGGACGACUUACUGUGGAUUACCCAGUCUUCGGAUGGCUUGGCGCGCAUCCUGGCAUCGAUCCUUUUACUUGAGAUUCUCGGCGUGCCUUGGGCUUGGCAUAAGUUCAAAGGGGGAACGGAGCAUUGCUGGAUUGGAUUUUCGAUCUUUGCGCGCAAGAGGCUUCUGGGCUUUUCCCAGGCCCGGUGUGACUGGGCAGUGAAUUGGAUACAACGUGUCAGGGCUGAUGGCUUCGUUAAGAUUGCGGACUUGGAGGCGGUCAUAGGACGCCUUUCAUUUGGCUUCACUGUUUUACCACUAUUGCGCCCUUUUCUGGGGCCGCUCUAUGCGUGGGUGAGUGCAGUGAGACAUUGCCAUACUUUGCGGCUCCCGAAAGCUGUAGCUAUGAUUUUGGCGUUCAUCGAGAAGGUGCUUCUCCAAGGGUUCCGUACAAUGACUGUGCCUCGGGCCAAAUCUGCCCCUCAGGAACUCUUUCGCACGGAUGCAAAGGCAGAGGGCUCGGAGAUUUUGUCGACGUUGGUUGCUGUCCAUUUGUUUGCACCUUUGCAGCCGACGAGCGCGACUUUUACCUGCUCUGCCGCGACAGACAAUCGCGGCAACAGUUUCUUGACAUCACGGUGGCUCACUACUUCCUUUCCUUUAUGCGUGGUGCUCAUGGAUUUGGCGGCAGUUCUUCAGUCCAAGUCACUCAUGCUGGAUUUGCACUGGGCCCCUAGAUUUCAGAACACUUUGGCAGACUCUCUUACGAAUCAGGACUUUAAAGAUUUCGACCCGUCCAAAAGGGUUCGCUUCGAUGUAUCUCAAUACCGUGGUUUGGUGCUGCGUGAACUUCUAGAGUCUGGCGCCGAACUUUACACUGAGCUUGCAUCUUGGAAGAAGCGAAAGGGUGGCAUUUUGCCACAGAAGAAAUCAAAGGCUGUGAAGCUGGCUGCAACCGACCCGUGGAAAUGA